AUGCUGCCACGCCCGACACCUGUACCUAUCGCCGCCGCCCGCCCUCGCAAGAUCCAAAAGCCCUCACCUGGCAAAGAGAACUUGGUCGCCGGCAAGCCUACCUCCAACAACGGCCCCGUCUCUAAUAUCCGCUCACGGAGGGAACGCCCCUGUGACGCGUGUAGGAGGAGGAAGAGUCGCUGUGUCAUACACGAGGGCGCUGUGCUGUGUGUCUUGUGCGAGUUCCACAAGCAGGAGUGUACCUUUGUGCAAAGCCCACUGCCUCGGAAGAGGAAGGUCGUCGACGGCGACAAGAAGGAUUCACCCAACAAUAUCAAGAAGAGAUCGGUCGAUACAGAGCCACCGCCACUGGCACUGUCGACACCUACCAUCACCGCAACCGCGCCAAGUCCUCCGCCGCCGCAGUCCCAACUAGCCACACUUCACCUACCUCAAUUAGGCGAGACUUUGGGGCUCCAACGACGUCAACACAGCAGAUACAUUGGCUUGAGUUCCCCUUUCGACUCCCUACUCAUUGGCCUAUCUCAAUUCGAUACCCGCAACGAAUCUGCCUUCGACCUUGGCACUCUUCGACGAGUGAAUGAUCAUGAAUGCUUCAUCAUGUUGCCUGACGAGAACACACAAGAAUUUUCUGGCGAGGCCGAGGCUUUGAAUCAGGUUGAGCAACUCGUUCAUCCACAUGGUCCGGCUUUACUAGAUCUGUACUUUCAGGUCGUACAUCCGAGCUUUCCCGUCAUUCAGAAGAACCUGUUUGUUGAACGAUAUCGAAAUGGCGAUCGAGGUUUCUCGCCGGCCCUCUUGGCCGGUAUGUACAUUCUCGCUCUUAAUUGGUGGUCUUUCAACCCUAAGCUUGCGAACUAUUCCAAGCCGGAUGCAGCUCGACUAGAGACUAUUGCAAUGAAGGCGCUCACUGUUGCCAUGGAGCGACCCAAAUUAUCUACCGUGCAGGCUGGAUUACUGCUGUUGCAACGCCCAGAAGCAGAUUCAUGGAGUUUAACGACGCAACUGGUGGCUAUAGGUCAAGAACUUGGUCUACAUCUUGAUUGUUCAUCAUGGUCGGUUCCUCUUUGGGAACGUGGUCUAAGGAAACGAAUUGCAUGGGCACUCUACAUGCAGGAUAAGUGGAGUUCUCUAAUUCAUGGCCGACCCUCACACAUCUUUAGUGCAAAUUGGGCGGUCAAGCCGAUUGCUGAAGAGGAUUUCAACGAAGAAGAUGAUGGUUACGAUACACGGCAAGAAGAGACUGAAGAUGAGCAAGAAGAACUUUACCAGGGGCGGAUACUGUUUGCUCAAAUGAUUGCCCUUACCCAAAUCAUGGCGGAAGUAAUGGACACAUUCUACACUCAGACAGCCAUUCAUGACUUUGCCAACGCUGGAAGGAAGUCGACAGAGCUGAUCCUCGCUCGCGCGAAACCUGUCCAAAUCAAGCUACGUCAGUGGCAUGAGAGACUGCCUGCGGAAGUCAAGAUGAAUGCGCCUAGUAAGGGCAAGCUGACGUCGACCGGCUACCUGCAUCUUGCCUACUUCGCGACGGAGAUCACUCUCCACCGCCGAAUCGUGCAGUCGCUAGACUCGACGGACCCAGAUUCAUACGGUCUUUUCAUGUGUCGCAAUGCCGCAAAGACACGUCUCAUCUCCGCCAUGGACUUGGUAAACCGCCUUAAGCCCGAGCAUCUUCAGGCCUUUUGGUACUUCGCAUCCAAGGUGAAUUUCACUCUCAUCGGCACCUUCGGGUCGCUCCUCUGGGCCACGGCGCCUGCGAAAGAAGAAGCCGAGUUCUAUAAGCUCAGGCUCCGUGAAUACCGCUGGACACUAUCCGUCUCUUCUAAGCGUGCCGAUUUCCUCGAUUACGCAGUCAUGAUGUUGGACGCGAGCAGGGCGAUGCUGAACAACCUCGCGGAGAAACCAAGUCUGGCGGAGCAGAUCAGUAGUGCGGGUGUACCCCCCGCAGCACCUCCACGACAAUACUCGUCAUUUCCGAAUAUGGACCCGCCGCAACAUCUGCACAACUUGGGAGGCUUCAGCCCGGAAGACAUUGAAAUGGAUGAUGGUGGUGAUCUGCAGAGAAUGUCGUCCGGCGAGAGCUUUGAAGGCUUCAAUGAUGGGUCGCAGUACGAUAGUAGGCCACCCAGUCGGCCGCACACGGCGGGGGACUCGCCGCACUCAACAUAA